UUUGUCUGUAAGCUGCCAGCAUGAAGGGCAUAACAAAGGCGAUCAAGCGGACACCGCACUUGGUGACCACCAAGGUCGGCAUGUCGAAAAAGUCGGUGGACCCGGAAUUCGACGAUUACCAACGCCGGUUCGCGAGCCUGGAGCAGGCGACGGAGAAGCUGCUCAAGGACACCAAGGCGUUCACCGACGCCGUCAACCACCUCUUCACCUCCGGCGCCUCCUUCGCCGCGCACUUCAACGCGCUCUUCCACCCCAUCGCGGGCGAGUACGACCUGCUCGGGAAGCACCCCGACUGCGCGCACACGAUCCGGAACGUCGACGCGUACCAGGCGGCGCUCGAGGAGCUGCGCGGGAGCGUCGCGCCCGAGCUGGAGCUCAUCGAGAGCAGGAUCCACGGCCCGCUGAAGGAGUACCAGGGCGUGCUGAAGACGGUUAGGAAGACGAUUACGAAGCGGGAGCAUAAGCUCGUGGAUUAUGAUCGGUAUAACAACUCCCUGACGAAACUGCGGGAUAAGAAGGAGAAAUCGCUCAGUGACGAGAAGAACUUGUUCAAGCUCGAGCAAGACUUUGAAAACGCUUCCAACGAGUACGACUACAUCAACACCGCCCUAAAGAAUGACCUGCCGCGCUUUAUGACGAUGAGCACGCAGUUCAUCGACCCAUUAUUCCAUUCCUUCUUUUAUAUGCAACUGAACAUCUUCUACCUCCUGCUCGAGAAGCUGCAGGGCUUCGCGGAGGGCAAGUACGACACGUCCGUCACCGGCGCGCAGAUCGCGGAGGAGUACGAGACGAAGCGCUCCGACGCGUGGCAGACGAUCGAGGGGCUGCACAUCACGCAGCGGAUCAUCUCCACCUCCAAGCUCGUCCAGCAGAACCGCACGAACGGCGGGCUCUCCCCGUCCCCCUCCUCGCUCAACCGCUCCGCGUCGGCGACGUCCACCGCCUCGGGCGCCUCGCGCUCCGUCUCCGGCGCGGGGUACAAGAAGGCGCCGCCGCCCCCGCCGGGAGGCAAGGCCGCCGAGCCCGCGCCGCCGCCGUACUCGCCGCCCGCGAACGGCGCUGCUGCCGCUGCCGCUGCCGCUGCGAAGAGGGCGCCGCCGCCGCCCCCGCCCCCGCUGAAGCCCAAGCCGAAGGCGGAGCCGCCCGUGCAGUACGUGGUCGCGCUGUACGAUUUCGAGGCGCAGGCGGAGGGGGAUCUGAGCUUCAGCGCGGGCGACCGGAUAGAGCUCGUGGAGAAGACGGAGAGCCAGGAGGACUGGUGGACCGGCCGGCUGAACGGGCGGCAGGGGGUCUUCCCCGGGAAUUAUGUGCAGGAAACUUGAGUGUGGAGACUUAUGGGGAGAGGUACAGUUUGGCGUUUCUGGGUGUGGACUUGUCGGGCUGUGUGGGGCCCGAGUGAAAGAAGAGCAGGUGUUAUCUAUUAUUGCGCAAGGCAAACAUACUACGAUAGGACUAGUUCGGGUUAUCUCAUUUUCGUUUAUUGAGUGCGCUGAGAACUCCACUCCGCUGCAGUCAUCUGGACGCACAUUAGCGGCAAACUGUGGAUAACACGGAGC